GCAAUGGCUAGCUUGACACCCACUGCGCCUGGUCCUGGAGACUCUUUUGCGGCUGGCUCCGCGUGCACUAUUCAUUGGAGUGUCGACACAUCUGGACAUUGGAAUAACGUAUCCAUAUAUCUCAUGACUGGCACGAACAACAAUAUGACAACGCUACAGACCGUCGCGUCAGGCAUCGACGGCACCGACGCCUCGCUUUCGUCAUUCAACUGGACAUGCCCAGAAGUCGAUCCGUACUCGGCAAUAUACAUCUACCAGUUCACAAAUGGCGAAGACAUUCAGGAAUCGCAGUGGACGACCCGUUUCACAAUCACCUCGCCCACCGGAGAGAGCGUUCCGCCAGAUAACGAGAGCCAGCCCAACGGAGACGCUGUCCCUUGGGGUGAGGGUCGCCUGAUCUCUGCAGGCGAUGUCGGGUCGAAGGACGACAAAGACCGGAGUACAAGCGAGAGCAGCGCGAGCGCUAGUCCUAAUUCCGACGACGACAUCGCGCGAGCAACCACAGAGCAAGAAAGUCAUGACAGGCACAUUCGAACACACUCCAGGCACUCCCACCACUCCUCUCCAACUCCCACUCUUCAGUUGGCUUCCACGGACCUGCAGCCUACUGCUCACGCCUUCGACAGCCCUCGUAGUGGCGAUCUGACUCAUGGGACUCCUACACACUCCGCCUCCCAUCUCCACUCUGGCCCGAAGGACACAACAACACCAUUUGUCAGCCUCGCGAACUCAGGUGCCUCCCAGUCAAGUACUCGAUGGAUGGGCGCAGCGGUGUCGAUCACUGUCUUAUUCGCUCUGCUGAUGUGA